AUGGCCUCCAAACGCCAGAAAGACCUACUGGCCCCUCUUCCACCAGCAUUCCCUCUCUCUUCGCCCAUCACCGAGGAAGUCCCCAGCCCGCCGUGCUCAUCGUCCGAGGACCACGAGCUCGAACGCACCAGGCCAUUCGAGUUCCUUGUCAAGGCAACGCGGCAAAGAAGCCAGAGGCGCAAGGAGGGGCACCGCUCAGUAAACUUCUCGCAUCGGGAUCGAGAUGGGAAGAGAGUGAGCAUUGGGGGUAUCAUGAAGAAGAACGUUGCGAAACCCGUGGGUCUGAACUUGGUGACGGACUUUUCGCAGACGGGUUCAACAGCUACCCCUCGAGCUGAGGGAAAUGCGGCUCCGUUUGUGGAUUUGAAUGAUCUGAAGUUAUUGUCCCAGGCAAGGGAGAAGGAGAGGUCCGCUCAGAGACAGAAAGGCAAAGCGGUUUCGAAGAAGAAGCAGACGACGACUGCGGGUGGAUUCUACCGACUACCUGAUGAGGGUUCUGUCGAUGUCGAUAUCCAACAGGAUCCAGCAGGUACAUUUAACAUCAAUGCCGUAAACGCUCGGCUAGAAGCAAAUCCCAACAACCCUUUCCGUGAUCAGUACGAAGUGUCGCCAUCGGAUCUGAAUGUGGUCAUCGGACUCACUGUGCCAUCUAACGAGGCUCUGCAUUUGGACCGGCUCAAAAGGAGGGACCCUGACAGUGCCGGCGACCAAGCUACUACACCACUCACUCCCUCGAUUAUUGUCACGCCUGCGUGCGAAGAGGCUCCCUGGCAGACUCCCAGCCCGGAGACCCAGCGUCCUAGGGCAACUUCCAGCAUUUACUCUCGGCCCACCACUAUAUUCGAACACUCCCAGUCUGAUAUCCCACCAGUGCCUGCAAUCCCAGCCUUACAUGCAGCCAGAAAAAUCGAUACUAAUCCCCCGUCGUCAACACGCAACCGCUCGCUCUCUACCGGUACCAUCUUUGAAGAAGAUAGUCCCCAGGAAAAGAAGCCCAGCCGGUUAAGCGUAAACACCGAGUCGAACAGACCUCUGUCUCAGGGGUGGUGGACCUACCUGCUCUCCCCGCUGCUCAGCCGUUCCAACACCUUCUCAAGCAAGAAGUCACCCACCAGCCCCGGCUUCUCCAUUUCUCCUCGAACCGUCCGCACCAAAGGAUCAACUAAAGAUUGGUGGGAGAAAGAAGUUUCGUGUUUUUCGCCCGAAACCCCAGAAGCUGUUGCGCCGAGUUCAUGGGAGAAAAAUCUGGAGCAGUCACGGUCACUCAGCGGCGAUGUUCCAGAAGUGGCCGCAGUGGUCCCGACCAACAGAGACAACAUGAUGUCCAUGAUGUUUCCCGGACGUCCUAUGCAGGGCCUUGCGGCUGAGUAUUACCAGGCUUGUGCCCAUGAGCUUUUCAGCAAGACUCCGUUCUUUGAAUGCCAGGGUCAUGUCUGCUCUAUCGCGCCCGUCAAUAUCCUUAGCAACGACAAAGCUGUAGUAGAUGUGCCUGGGGAUCGGGGACUAGCUCUUGUUGAGGUUGAUUCUCCGAACGCUGGUCUUCAUGGUCGUGGAGUACCCGCAGAGAAGACAAAAACUGCCACCCGAGGACUUCUUAUUGAUGUUGACUCCCCUCGGCCAAAUAACGAAGACACGAAAGGUGCUACACAGUCGCCUGUUUCUGCUACGAGCACAGACUCGUGGGCGUCCACGGUGGUUGAUACUCCAGAGCAGGAUAAGUCUUUGUCCCAGACUAAAGGUUUCAUUGAAGAGCCACCGGUGGUUCCCCAACCACGGUUUUUCGAAUCUGAGAAACGGGCUCCUACGCCUGUUGCUGCUCCUCCGCCGCAAAUAAUCAACACCUUCUCCCCACCUGUGAACAACGUCCACUAUCCACCGCCAGUUGCUCAGCCGCCUUUCCAGCCAGCUCCUGUGAUGGAAAAGGAAGCGCUCCCGUACGGACCCGUCUAUCCUCCUGGUCAUGGCACGCCGUUAGGACAACAAGCAACGCCAAAUUCAACAUGGAUACAGGAACAUUCUCGAGCACCAGAACCAGUAUCUCCGGGCUUUCAGCAACAGACAGAGGGUACCAGGUCAAUCCCCAUGAAUGAUAUGCAGGUCCCAGCCCCAGCAUACACACAGUAUCAAAGAGAUGACGCUCUACCGCCACGCUACGCUUUACACCCUUCACCAGGAGCAGCAGUGAUGGAUCCAACUGCGCCAAGAGGACCGGGUGAGAACCAUCGCCGCCGACUGGAAAGAGAAGAUGCCAUUGGACGCCAAGUUGGCGGUCUAUGGCGCGGACGAGGCCCGGUCUCUAAGAGGGGAUGCUUCGGACGGCCAGGACGUGAGGGCCGACUCCGACGACGGUGGUACUUUGGCAUUUGCAUUUUCUUCUUCGUGAUUGUCACAGUGGCUAUUUCCCUCGCGCUCACUCUAACCAAACACGGAGACACAACACCCGUCCAGUCCCAGUGGCUCAAUCUGACGGGAUACCCGCCCAUGCCUACGGGGAUUACGACGAUAGCAGGCCCCGAGCCGCAGGUCCAGCGGUCAGCGUGCAUUGCGCCCACUUCGUUGUGGAGCUGUGCCUUGCCCAAGGGCGAGCUGCAGUCUGCGAAUAUGCCCUACGCGGCAAACAACCCUAACUUCCGGGUCGAAAUUCGCUUUCUCAACGGGACUUACAAUCACAGCACAACUGUCAACACUACAUCGACACUGCGUGUCAGGAGGGAUAGCGGCUCAUUCGAUCCGUCGCCGUCACCACCGAGUCUUGCAGACCAGACGUUCCUGGGUAACACCACAGACGGCAAUGCCUUCCCUUACCCAGGCGAGGAUACGCCUUUCUACAUGACCAUCAUGUCGCCAGCGCAAGUGUCCUCUAACGCCCUAUUCCGCCGCUCCCCUUCUUCUUCCACAUCCAGCGAAACAUUCAAUCUAUCAGAUAUCAUCCCCGCACCCGAUGAGACCUCCGACGGUUUACCCGCAGCGGCAACACUCUACCCACUCCCAGACUCGCAGCCAGUCCGUCUAUACAACCGGGGGAUGUCAACAGAGCACUACGGCUUCUACACAUACUUUGACAAGUCGAUCUUCCUCGAAUCCGAGUCCCCUCUAAACGGCGGAACAAGCGACACCAACGCCAACGACAAUAACGGCGGGUCGGCCCAGUCCAGCGCAAAAGUGCGCUGCACAUGGUCUCAAACACGCUUCCUUGUGCAGAUCUGGACCCAGCCUGGGAAGCUGGGUUACAACCUGAUUUCAAGCGGGAGUACAGGCACAGGCACAGGCACAGGCACAAGCACACCCGCCUCAUCAACACCAACAGCCACCUCAACAACGCCGACGUCUUCGUCGUCUGCGACGGAUUUUACCCGUCCAGGCUCGUUUCCCUAUCCCGUUACUCUAACAGUUGAUCGCCACGGCGGCAAUGAGGAUCAGAAACUGGUGUACUGCUACGGGGUUGAAGAGGAUGGGCAUUACAACGUUACAAAUCAUAAGCUGGAAAUCGAGGAUCGAAGUGCGGGAGGGACGUUGAUUAAUCCUGCUGGUUCGAGUGAGAAGGGUGGGAGUUAUGGGGGUGUCGACGGAGGGACUGGCGGGUGUGAGUGUCAGUGGACGAAUUGGAUUAGGAGCGUUUAG